UUUCCAUGUUUGUUCAAGUAGGUGCGAUUUGUGUAUGCAGAUAAGAUAAACAGUGAGGUAGGCAGAUAAUCGACAAUUACUCUAACGAACUGUUGUCGCAAACGCCAAUGAUUUAUUAUCGCCACUAAUUGUUUUAUUAUGACAUUGUUGCAACAGUAUUUUAAUCAUAAUUAAAUGUACCGCCGAAACGUAGUUGACGUGACGCCCGUUGAGGGCGCUGGCUUCUAACAUAAUUUUGACGUUUCUCGAGCGACUUUGUUGUCAAGUUUUUACCCAAAUUUUUUUAUAAACGCCACAAAAAUCGUGUUUAUUAGUCAAGUUAGACGUGUUUGUGUGUAUUUAACGCCAAAAUGCCGCGAGCCGAGGUCGGAACCCCCAAAUACAUCGCCAACAAAAUGAAGGCAAAGGGGCUGCAGAAACUGCGGUGGUACUGCCAGAUGUGUCAGAAACAAUGUCGGGACGAAAACGGCUUCAAAUGCCACAUGAUGUCGGAGUCCCAUCAGCGCCAGCUUCUCCUCUUCGCCGACAAUUCCAAGCGGAUCAUCGAUGACUUUUCGUUCCAAUUUGCCAAGGAGUAUUUACAGAUUUUGCGGCGACAGUUCGGCACGAAACGCGUGAAUGCAAAUCGGGUCUACCAGGAGUACAUUUCCGAUCGGAAUCACUUGCACAUGAAUGCCACCCGAUGGGUGACGUUAACCGGGUUUGUGAAGUGGUUGGGGCGCACUGGGAAGUGUAUCGUCGAUGAAACGGAGAAAGGGUGGUUCAUUACUUACGUAGAUCGAGAUCCAGAGACCAUCGCGAGGGAAGAAAAGAAAAACAAGAAGUUGAAAAUGGAUAAGGAUGAUGAGGAACGAACUAUGGAGUUUGUGCAAAAACAAGUACAACUGGCGCAGGAGAAAGGACAAGGGAAAGAGGAACCAGUUUACACUGAGUUACUACGGGAAAACGAGGAAGAAAAGUUGAAGUUGGAUUUGAAACUAGAACAAAAAAAAGACAUCAAGCCUGUGGUUUUCGCACUCCCGAAGCGUCCACUGGAUGAAGGGACUGGGACUUCCAAAAGCUUCAAGAAAGUCAAAACCGAAAAUAGAAAGAAGACCGCGUUGGACGAAAUCAAGGAGUUGGAGGAAAUCAAGAAGGAGAAGAGUAAUCGAAAGGAUUAUUGGGUUACAGAGGGUAUAGUGGUUAAAGUUGUCACAAAAACUCUGGGAGACGAAUUUUAUAAAGAGAAAGGUGUUAUCAAAGAAGUAUUGAGUAAAUAUGUGGCGGUAGUGAAAUUGUUUGAAAGUGGACGCAAGUUAAAGUUGGAUCAGCAACAUUUGGAGACUGUUAUUCCUGCGAUUGGAAAGUUGGUGAAAGUUGUAAAUGGGGCGUAUAGGGGGGAGACGGCCACUUUGGUUUCCAUCAACGAGAAGAAAUUUUGUGCUGAGAUAAAAAUUGCGUCGGGGUUGUUGAUGGGGAGAACGAUUACGGGGGUUGAGUAUGAGGAUAUUUGUAAAUUGAACGAAGAAUCGUAAUUUAAUAAUUUAUGUGAUUUUUUUGUUAUAGAUUUAAGUAGUUUACGCAUGCUUUACAAUAAAGUUAUGGAAUAAGUCUA